GAUGGAUGCUUGUAAUAGUAAAAAUGAAAGGUUUAAGGAAUUGACGGAUAGUUACGGUAAUUUAUUCAACGCUUGUUACGGUCUUCCGUGGCUAUUUGAAUGGGAUGCUGAAAAUAGAAAUUUACACGAAUUCAUUAAACCGAUUGUUGGUUCAUUAAAUAAGAUUAAAAAGCAGGAAACUGAUGAAACUUUACAGAAAUUGGCGGCAGAAAUUUUAGCCAAAUUACCAGAAAAUAUGGUACUUUUAAGUGAUGAUGGAGGCAACGAUACAAUUACAGAAUUUCUAAAUACUAAGAAUAUUGAUUUAUUAGAAACGAUUGCGAAAAUUUAUCCAAGUUGCAGUGAUAUUAUUCAUGAGAAUCUAGAGUUUUUCAUUGAAGUAACCGAAGAGAAUACCGAACAUUAUACAUAUAGUAUGUUACAUUUAUUGAAAAAAGUAGCCGAACAAGAUCCAAGGGAGAUUAACUCAUCAGUUUUUGAUUAUUUAAUAAAUUCUCUUAGAAUAUCUUAUGGAACGACGGCUUGUCUAGCUCUUCAGAAGUUGGCUAUAUCAAAAUUCGAUUUAUUCAAUGGCUACCAUGACAAAAUUGAACAGAUUGUUAAAUCUUAUAAGAACGGUGUAUUUUAUUUACAACUAUUGGCUGAUUUAAGUCAAACAGCGGCAUUAGGGGAAAAGUACGCUAAAGUUAUUUGGGAAAUGUUCAAGACGGGAGGUCAAGACUAUAGAGCCAAUUGUUUAUCAGCCCUUCGUAAUGUUGCCGUUAGACAAAGGGAGGCUGUUGAACGUUAUAAACAUGACAUUGAACAAUUAAAAACCGACCUAAGUAUUAAAGAUUGGGUCAUGCUCGUUCUAGAUGUUUUGGAAGGUAGAUCCUUAGAAAAAGUUUCAAAUGACCUCAUUGAACAAAGGGAAGAUAUUGAUAACUUGAACGUUAGAGUUACUAAUAACGAAGGAAAGAUUGAAUAUCUCGAUAACGAAGUUAAAGACACUAAAGCCGAGAUUAAGGUUGUUAAACUAGACGUUCAAGAAACGAAAGAGCGUCUCAGUCAAAUGGAAUAUACAAUGAAAGGACUCGACGAAAGAGUUGAACAACUCGGCUAUAUGACUCUUUCCCACGCUCCAGCUUGGUCUCGUCACGUUUCGGACCUAAUGAAUAAUCAAGCUGAUAACGAUUGGAGAUUACUCGCAAUGAAACUUAAUUAUACAAAUGAUGAUAUUCGUAAUUGGGCUACUCAGCCAGAUCCAUGCCUCUCGCUAUUGGACGAAUGGUUUGCCACCCACAAAACAAGGGAAGCCACUUUCGCUAUAUUAAAUAAUCUUAAAGAUAUGAAUAGAUUAGACGCCGUUGAAGUAGUUGAAAAUGCCCUUGCCGCCGUAAAAGAUGUUGUUACUGAGGAAACGGAUGAAGUAUUUGAAAAGCCCGAAAUAUUUCUCAGCUAUCAAUGGGGACAUCAACAAGAGGUGAAAUUAUUAAAGAAACACCUGGAAAUGGCAGGAUUUAAAGCGUGGAUGGAUAUUGGUCAAAUGGGUGGUGGAGAUAAACUAUACGCAAAAAUAGACGAUGGUGUUCGAUCGGCAAAAGUCAUCAUUAAUUGUGUCAGCGAAAAAUACGCUCAAUCGGCAAAUUGUUGUAGAGAAGUUAAUCUAUCAACUAAUCUUGGUAAACCAAUGAUCCCUUUACUUAUGGAACAGCUUUCCUGGCCUCCUCCAGGACCAAUGGGUCCUAUAAUGUCUGAAUAUCUCUAUAUCAAAUUUUUCAAAUCCAACGACGUUGAAAAGGAUAAUAAAGUAUUUUGGAUGUCGGCAAAGUUUCAAGAACUACUUAUGCAAUUGAGAUACUACGCAGCUCCCGACGUUGAACUCAUUAAGAAGGAUUCUCUCUAUUACGGUUGGAUGACUCCACCGGAAGAAGUGAUUGUAAUUCCCGAUAGAAAGCAGAAAGUUGGAAAUAAUAAUUCUAAGAAAGAAGAGAAAACCGUAGAAAACGAAAAAAGUCCCGACGUUUUCAUAUCUUAUCAAUGGGAUAAACAAGAACAAAUUAAACGUCUUUAUAAGAAACUUACCGAAAUGGGAUAUCAUUGUUGGUUGGAUAUUAUGCAAAUGGGAGGAGGUGAUUCGCUAUUUGAUAAAAUUGAUAAAGGGAUAAGAGGCGCUAAAAUUGUCGUAUCGUGUGUAACUAAAAAGUACGCUUUGAGCGUCAAUUGUAAAAGAGAAGUUUCCCUAUCAUCCGCCUUGAACAAACCGAUUAUACCUCUUCUAUUAGAAAAUAUGUCUUGGCCACCGGAAGGUCAAAUGUCAAUGAUAUUUACUCAACUGUUGUACAUAGGAUUUCAUAAAAAAGAAAAUUCAAGUUUGUGGCAAGGAGAUGAAUUUGAUCAAUUAACGUCUAAGAUUGAUACAAACAUUACUCCGUCCAACGAUAUUAACGAUGAAGACGAGCUUGAUAAUUCUCAGGAAACUAAACAAACUGUUGUGGAAGCAGCGAAAACGGGUAGUUUAAAGGAAAGUAGUGAAAAGAGGAAAGAAGUUAAAAAUAAAAUGAACGAAAAGAAGAAGGACGAAGAAGUUGAGAAGAGAAAUGCCGAGAGAGAGAGAGAAGAGAAGAGAAAUGCCGAAAGACAAAGAGAAGAGAAGAGAAAUGAAGAAAAUAAAAUGAACAACGAAAGAAAGGUUGCAAAAAAGGAGAAUGAAUCAUCAACAAGAAGAGAAGUGGAUAAUCCACCUCCGAAGAAAUCUUCAACUUGUACUAUAUUAUAA